AUGCCUGUUGGUGCUUCCGCUCCAAUGUUAACGUGGGUGAUAAAGGAUUUCAAGUCUGUGCAAGACCCAAAAGUAAUUGAGUCACCGGAAUUCGAAAGCGGUGGCUGCAAAUGGUGUGUAAUGUUCUACCCGAAAGGGGUCACAGGGCACCUAAGCAUGUCUAUGUAUAUGGCUGUUGUUGAUUCUGAAGAUAAGCCUCCCGGAUGGAAGAUAGACGCAAAGGUUUGGCUUUCUAUAGAAAGCCAGUCCGAACGUAUGGUAUUAGAUGGUGAGGAAAUACGUUUUGAUGCCGAAUGUCCUAAGUGGGGUAUGUCAAACUGGUUUCGCCUUCACAAACCUAAAGAUUGUUUUCUUGAUCUUCACGGUGAUCUCAAGAUUGAAGCUCACGUAGAGGUUGUCCACAAAUCUCGUGUUUAG